GCGCGUUAACUAAGUACACCUUAUAUUUUGCUACUGUUUUUGUUGUUUUAUUUCUAUAGUUGAUGCUAUUUUAUUUACGUUUUGUUUACGAGCAUAUGGGCGCGCAUAAUACUUUGCUGAUUUGUUUAUUUCUAUACGGCCGACCAUAGAGAGCUGCUGCGCUCUUGUCGAUGACCAUUGGCUGCUGCUGCUGAGCAGAGUCAACACAGAAAGCUAACGCAAAGCUGUUGACAAAAGCAAAGUGGCGCACCAAUGCGCUGAUUGACCGCCUGACUGCUCACGUAAGGCCUGUUGGCCACGCUGCCUAGCAGGUUCACUGUUGACUGACUGCCGAGCUGAUGUUGGCCUUUUGUGCGGUCGUGUCGUUUGUUUGUUGUGUUGCUGCGGCUCUCGCCACGUUAUUGUACUCGUACUUGUGGAGUAUGCAUAUAGUAUUUCGCAUAUCCGUCUUCGUCUCUUGACUGACUGGCUGGGCUGGCGGAUGGCUCACAGCCACCAGCGCGGGUUUUCAUAGCUCAGUGCGCUUCCUAACUUGAAGGUAACACACCAACCAAACGUCAAGCACGCGCAACGCGGCAACACACGAAACGGAACGUACGUCGACGUACGACGACGAGUGCUCGUAUUUAUUUGCAAAGUUACACGUACCCACAUAUUUGCAGUAUCUGAUUGCCUUGUUAUCGCAUUGUCUCGCGCUGUUGUCGCGCAUUGUCUAUUCGGUGUGUGCGGUGAACAAGAGCAGUGCAGCGCAACGGCUCAACAAAAGACCUACCCGAAAAUCGCAAGCACCAAAGAGCUCUUUGUGAAGUAGAAAUAUUCUUUAUUCUUGAAAUAUAAUCUAUGCAUAACUGAAGAAGUUGCAAAAGUUUUGUGAAGCUGUGCAAAAAGUGUUUUUUUUUGUUUGUGUGUGUGACCCCAUAUCAAAGUAGGCGUCUAACUAAGCGUUAGUAAACGCAUCAAAGUAUCAGCCACAGUGUCAGCUAGCCUUAGUUAGCUCAAUGAUAACGUGUUGCUAAUUACAUCAAAUCUCAUCAGCAGCGAACCACGACGACGACGACAACAACAGCAGCAACAGCAGUGUUGAAACAAAAGCAACGCCAGCAGGCAAAAUAAAACAAAAGCCCGGCCAAGUCAAGUCAAAUCAGUCAGCCAACAAGUCCGUCAGCCAGCCAGCCAGCCAUCCGGCUGGCAGCGUCAACCAGCGAGCGUGUUAACUUAAUUAUUUAACAUUAGCUCAAAAGCAAAUUAGCGCAGCAUCAUCGUUGCAGUGCUGGCCCAGCGGCAGCAGUCACAAGCAUUUCACGUCACCGUCGUGCCGUUGCAACUUUACAAUUUUCACAAAUGGGCUAUACUCAACCUAAAUUUUAAGCAGAUUUUGUUUACAGCCACACUUACACACACAUAUAUAUUGGCACAAUUGGCUAAAUUAGUUUUUAACAUAGUGCUUUUGGUCGUCGCCUAAGGCUUUCCAAAAAUAUUUUUGGUGCUUGUCAGCUUCCUGAUAUUUGUUGCUGGCGACUGUGUUUAUACAUACGCUACUAAUUACAUCUGUGUGGCGGCAAUCAUUUAUGGUUUAUUACAUCGUUGCCGCCGCCAACCAACAAUUUGUUAUGCAAUGCCGCACUUCGAUGAGUCGUUCCUCAGCGAUUGUUCAUAUGCCGAGAGUCAGCAUGUUAUCUCGUACUCAUUGGAUCGUGGCAUGAAACUAUAUCAGAGGCGUAAAUUGAAAUCGCCGAAAUUUUUCUAUACGCCCUAUCGUCCGCGUGUGGUAGUGAAAAAUGUCAUUCAAUACAGUGCCAUCAGUUCUCCAUCCACACCCAACUCCUCGCUUUCCUCACAAUCGAAUCUUGUUUGUGCCGGAGGUGGUACACCUUCGCCGAACACACCAUCCCCCGCCACACCGACCUCGCAACAAUCCGCCAACACACCGCUUAGCGGCAACAGUGCGAUAUAUCAAGUACCAGGCGCUGGUUACGGCGUCUCAACAUCCGGUCAUAAGAACAGUCUAAAGGGUACGAAAUUGGCGCGUAGAGCGCGCUCUUUCAAAGACGAUCUAAUCGAGAAAAUCUCCAUGAUACGCACACCCAACAAUACGCUGGGAAGAUCACAUUCCCCGCACAGUCCACGCAGCAAGUCCAUGAAACCGCCAACAACCGCCGAAGAGCUCGCCGCGGCUGAGAGUCCACUACAGACACAUGUCAAGGAUAUUUCGAAUGCGCUCAAGCAUUUUCGCGAUGUAAUCUUCAAAUCGAAGCUCGAGGUGCUGCCGGGCAAUGCAACUGUUAUACUCGAGACAAUCGCCAGCAUGUACACUGUCUUGCAGUCGUAUGCAUUGGAUAAACACAGCAACGUGCUUAUGACGGCAACGCAACAAGUCUACCAGUCGCUGGGUAAAUUAGUGAAGCUUUGCGACGAGGUAAUGCUUAUCUAUGCAGCGCGGCGGAUCGGCGACGAAGGUGUCGAAGAUAAUCUGCAAGGCGAGCAUCAACAACUGAAGACGCUGCUCAGUGAAGAUAAUGUAAAGGAGAUUGUUGAUUUGCUUACCGAUGCGGUGCGGAAUUUGGCGUCGCUUGCCCAUCAGAAACUGAAGGAACGCGAGGAGAGCGCUUUGAAGUAUGUGCCAGAUAAUGCCGACACAGCUGCAUUGACUAACAGUACUCCAGCCGUAUCGCACAAUCAUCUAAUGCAUCUGCCGGUGGAAGUCGCUGGGCAACGUACAUCGCUGCCGGACAUAACGCUAACACCGAAAGAACGUGAUAUCUUAGAGAAAACCAACUCGAAUCCCAUACGCGCCUCACACAGUACCGAGAGCAUUCUACGCGAUACCAGCCCUCCACCUAAACCACCGCUACCGAACAGACCACCACCGCUACCACCGAAACGCCGCAAUCAACAACAUUGUCUAAAUAAUAAGAGCAUCAACUCGGAUUUGGACUGGAGUUCGGACAUUUCGUUGGGCAACUAUGGCGCUGAUUAUAUAAGCAAUCUUUCGGUGCACUCACACUCGCCGGAUGAAAAUUCUAGUCAAUGUUCACUCGAUUCAGAGCUGAAUCAUUCACGCGAGGAGGAGGAACUCAAGGCACUGGGUUUGGGCAAUCGCUUCAACGACAGCAUGCUCGAUAAUGAUGUUGAUAAAUUGAACAUAUCAAAACCACUAUUAAGCGGUGGCAAGCGUGUUACGUUGAACAAUAAAAUGGCAUGCAACAAAACAAUUGGCAGUGGUAAUGAGUCCACCAACAACACUGCCGUCGUGACACAAACACAAAACUUAGCGACGGAUAAUACCAAACGGCGUGCCAUCGUCACUAGUUCCAUUGCUAGCGAUGGCGCAGAUGAGUGUGAUUUUAUGUUGCAAAGUGGCAACGGUAAUAAUGGCACUGGCGGCAGCGCUUUGGAUAAACUGGAAAUGCGCAAAAAUACUAACAAUCGUCAUUCCAAUGAAUCGGGCUUCGUUUCUAUGACAUCGGUGCGCACUUCGGCACAGAGUGUCUCGAAACGUUCAUCCGAUGGCGGCUUUCAAUCGUCCACCAAAUCGAGUUCGAAUUCAGAAAUUGCAUUCGAUGCCAUUGAAUCGUCGAGUAGUGGUGAAUUCCACACACAAGCGCAGGAGUUCCAUCAACACACCACACAUUCGACUAUGACGAGCACCAUGUCAUCGACCAUGAUGGCCACAUCGACGAGCAUACUAAACAAUAUGUCUACAUUGUCGCAUGAGGCACGUUCGAUUAGCAACACCAGCAGCAUUAGUCCUGAUCACUUUGAGAACAGCGGUCUGUUGACCGAACGCUCAAUGCAUACCAGCAGCACUAGUCAUGUCACACAAUCAUCCUUCUCAUCGCUGGUAAAGGCUAGUAGUCUGGAUACGGCCUCAUCAUCGGAUGGUGGCAUGGGUUCGCACAAUGACUUAGUGCCACCAGCAUUGCCACCCAAAACUAGUCGGAACAAAGAUGCGCGUAUAUUUUCGCAAUAUGAUAAUUUCGAUGAAAUGGACGAUCACAAUGGUGAAAUUCCCGAACUUCGCCAACAUCAUCACACCCACUACAGCAGUUAUAGUCAGCAUCAUAAUCAUCAUUUCCAUCAUAAUCACUAUCAGCAUCACGUGUCACCGUGGCAGCAAACGAAACAUCAAAGUCUACUCGACUCCAGGCAAUUGGUUAGCGGUUUUGUGAGCAGUUGCACGAGUAUUGGCGAUCCGGAGCAACCGCCACCGCUACCGGUCAAGAAAAAGCACAUGUUUCAAAGUGUGGCCUUCUCGGUUUUCGCAUACAUGGAGCUGUGUCAGGGCCCCAAUCGUCCCUUUGAUCGUCAUACGAUGCAUGUGCAGGAUUUAACGGGGAACAUUACACAUAGCCAAACAAUGAAUAUUGUGCCACUACCAAAGGACCUAUCGCCACCCAUGGAGCUGGAAACGCCGCCCGCACUCCCACCAAAGAACUACAAGCAGCAGCGCAAGUCAAGCGCUACACCACCCACCAUAAUUACAACGCCACCACCUAGUCCAAAGCCUACACAUUUAAGUGCUAGUGCAGAUGCUGAGAACGGGCGUCCGGCGCGCGUUAUAUCCGCCACACAAGGCAGCGAAAUGAUGACGACCGUGUGUGAGGAGCUUGGCGAUCUAACCGAGGAGGAACAAGCUUCGCUGCGUCACUCUCACCAGCUGCCCAAUGAGAAUGGUCACAAUAAUCAUGUGACACAUCGUCAUUCACCAUUGCGGCGCGCCGACACACAUGAGGGCACACCCAGCAGCCGGUCGGAGAGUGCCGGCGAAGAUCAAUUGCUGCAGAACAAUAGCUUUAGUGAUGAUAAGUGUGGUGAAUUGCAAACAGUGCCACAGGAUGAAAUGCCAAAAAUGCUAGAAGAAAUUGAUGUUACCAAAUAUUUGGUGGUCAAGCGCAAGGAUGAAGAUGGACCGGAAGUUAAGGGCGGCUAUGUGGAUGCAUUGAUCGUGCAUGCGAGUCGCGUGCAGAAUGACAAUGCUUUCAUUGAUGCCUUCAUCACGACGUUUCGCACCUUCAUACAGCCGAUCGAUGUAAUCGAAAAGCUAACGCAUCGCUAUACAAUAUUUUUCUGUUGCCAAAAUGAUCAGAAGCAACGUGUUGCACGUGAGACAUUCUCACUACUAAUGCGAGUAGUUGAUGGUUUAACUUCAAUGGACCUGACAGAUCAGCUCUUAGCGCUCAUAGUCGAAUUUAAUUAUCAACUGGUAUGUGCCGGCCAAUUGUAUUUGGCGAAAACGUUGCGUGGCAUAUUCGUAGAGAAGGUGACGUUAUACCGCGAACAUCGUUUGCCACCACCCAAAGCCGAUAUGCAUAUCACCGUCACCAACCAGCCGAGCCUGCUUGAACUUAAAUCGAUGGAAAUUGCCGAACAAAUGACACUACUCGAUGCCGACCUCUUUCAGAAGAUCGAAAUACCCGAAGUAUUGCUCUUUGCCAAGGAGCAGAGUGAAGAGCGUUCGCCCAAUUUGAAUAAGUUCACCGAACACUUUAAUAAUAUGUCGUUUUGGGCACGUUCGAAAAUUCUCACAUUAACCGAUGCCAAAGAACGUGAAAAACAUGUUAUUAAAUUCAUCAAAAUUAUGAAAUAUUUGCGUAAAAUGAAUAAUUACAAUUCAUAUUUGGCUUUGCUGUCAGCGCUCGACUCGGCACCCAUACGGCGUUUGGAGUGGCCUAAGACUAUAAUGCAAGACAUCAAGGAAUACUGUCUGCUGAUCGACUCUAGUUCCAGUUUUCGCGCAUACCGCACUACUUUGGCUGCAACAAGUCCCCCUUGUAUUCCAUAUAUUGGUCUAGUCCUGCAAGACUUAACUUUCGUACAUGUUGGCAAUCCGGAUUACCUAAAAGAAGGCGUCGUCAACUUCUCCAAACGUUGGCAGCAAUAUAACCUUAUAGAGAAUAUGAAGCGUUUCAAAAAAUGUGAGUACAACUUUCGCCGCAACGAGCGCAUAAUACGUUUCUUCGAUAACUUUGAAUAUGAAUUGGGUGAGGAAGAGAUGUGGCAAAUAUCGGAGAGCAUAAAACCGCGCGGCAAGCGACCUGUACAAGCCUAAACUAAGCUUGAGCAGUGAAAGUUGUACAUUCACAUAUCCUGAAGGAAUACUCAAUUAUCAGCAGAAACAAAAAAUAAUAAAAGAUAAAUGCACGAAAUGUAAUAGAAUUACUUAUAUGCAAUCUACAUUCAUUCAGUGCUAACAAGAGAAUAGCAUUUAAUGAGAGUAAAAGCAGCAAUGGAGAGAAAAGUAAACAUAAACACAGCUAUUAAACUAUUAAAUAGUAAUAAAAGAAACAAAUAUUCCAAUGCACAGUUAUAUAGGUUGCACUUGCUAUCAAGAUAUAAAUAUAUAUAUAAACGGAUAGUGAUAAUCACCGCAACGCGCACUCAUUGAAUGCACAACUUAAUACCGACAUAAGCAAAAAUUAUAAACAUAUUUAAACCGAAAAUUGCACAUAAGUUCAAUUUGAAAAGUAGUAAAUUGCUUUAAAUUAACAAAAGCUUAUGAAAAAUGUAGCAAAAAAAACAAAACAUAAAAUCAGCUCAAAUGAUAGAGCAACCAAAUACCAAACCAAAAUCAACUUGCACCGACACAAACACAACGAAAUUUUAUUAUAUUAUAUUGUAUGUAUGCAUGUUUUUGUACACCUUAUCAGUUUUCCAUAUGUGAAAGAAUUUAACUGUCUCUUAAUAAUGUAAUGAGCAGCCAACAGUAACAGAACGCCGUGUUUCAUAUAAAAAGCAAUCAAGAAUUUUUUUAUAUAUAAAUUCAUGUAAAGUAACAAUAAAUCAACGAUAAAUUCAUAAACCGUCAAUAUGUAUGUGAGCAGAUGUCGAAACGAGCGCUUAGCGUAACAAAAAAAAACGAAUGAACUUUAAAAGUAACAAAAGAUGUUUUUAAGUUUUAUGCAACUUGUAUUUUCUCAAAACCAAAAAUAAUGUUUACCAUUGGAAUGCAAUGUUAGUGUGCUUGCAAUAUGAUUGAUUGCUUGCUGCUUGUUUUUCUCAGAACAAAAUGGAUUUUUGCAAAUGCUUUUAUGAUAAGUUUGUUUUUAACAAAAUAUUAAAGUGGCGCGCAUUUUUAAAUGUUAAACUCUUAUUUUUUAAACAACUAUACAUUUUUAAAACAAAAUAUAAUAUUAAAGCAGUCCUCAAUUAUAAAGCUCAUUACAAAAAUUCUUUAAAAGUUCUUGUAAUAAAAAGUCCAUUAGACUGCUUGCUAUUUCGUUAAUGAUUUGUUCUAUAAAAUCCUUUUUAAAUUGAAAUGUGUAAACAAUCAUUUUAUGCACUGAAUCUAUUGAAAAUGUAAUUUUAUUGUAAUCAAUUAUUGGAUACUUUGUAAAUAAUUAACUUACUUGCAUAUAUAACCAAUAAAUAUUAGCAUAUUAGCUGAGUUAGAGCAGGCAAUGCUGUAAAUAUAGAUUGGUACUAUUUUCUUGAACUACAGAUUUAAAAAACAUUCUGUAGGUUUUUGCACUUGUCUUUCUAUUUUGAAUUGUAUGGCGCAUGAAUAUAAACUAAACAGUUUUUAAUUUAAAAUUUAAAUUUACUAUAAUAUUUUACAACAUGUUGCGAUAAUAUAAAAAUAGAAUCCAAUGUGAUUUGAAUUAAAUUAACCUUCUUCAAAGAGUCAUAUAACUGUAUAGAGUUUAGCCUAGUAGUAUUCUAUAAAUGCAUUUUUUAUGUAAGAGUAUUUUUAAUAAUUCAGAUAUAUAUUUUUAUAAAAGUCAACAUUUAGUGCAUUCAACAUUUGAUUUCCCCAAGCAUUAAUCGAACAUUUUACCACAUUUGUGCGCCAUUAAAUUCGAAAUAGCGAAUAGAGCAUUGCAAACCUUUCGAUUUGUCUGCAAAUUAACUUAAUCCACAAGCACUGCUAAUAACUAAACUACACA